UUGAAACUUAAAACCCACGUCUCCACUCCACUAAUAUAUCCACCACCACCACCACCAACAACAAACAUAAUAAUCAUCUUUCUUGAUCUCUUCAACAAUAUACAUUACAAAAACCACCAUGCCAGCUGCCGCCGAAACGACGUCGCCGCCGAAUUUCUGGGGAGACAUGCCGGAGGAGGAGUACUACACGUCCCAAGGGGUGCGCAACACCAAAUCCUACUUCCAAACCCCUCAUGGCAAGCUCUUCACCCAGAGCUUCCUCCCCUUGGAUGUCCCCAAAAUCAAGGGCUCCGUUUACAUGUCCCACGGCUACGGUUCCGACACCGGCUGGCUCUUCCAGAAGAUCUGCAUCAAUUUCACCAACUGGGGCUACGCCGUAUUCGCCGCCGACCUCCUCGGCCACGGCCGCUCUGACGGCCUCCACGGCUACGUCGGUGACAUCGACAAAGUCGCUGCCGCCUCCCUCUCCUUCUUCGUCCACGUCCGCCGCUCCGACCCCUACAACCACCUCCCCGCCUUCCUCUUUGGCGAGUCCAUGGGUGGCGCCGCCACCAUGAUGAUGUACUUCCAAUCGGAGCCCGACACAUGGACUGGCCUGAUUUUCUCGGCCCCACUCUUCGUCAUGCCUGAGGACAUGAAACCGAGUAAGGUGAGACUGUUUCUCUACGGGCUGCUCUUCGGAGUGGCCGACACGUGGCCGGCGAUGCCGGACAAGAAAAUGGUAGGGAAGUCGAUCAAGGACCCGGAGAAGCUGAAGAUCAUAGCCUCCAAUCCAAGGAGGUACACCGGGAGUCCUAGAGUGGGGACCAUGAGGGAGCUGGCGAGGGUGUGCCAGUACAUACAGGAUAAUUUCUCGAAAGUGACGGCGCCGUUUUUGACGGUGCAUGGGACGGACGACGGCGUGACGUGUCCGUCGUCGUCGAAGCUGCUUUACGAGAAGGCAUCCAGUGUGGACAAGUCCUUGAAGCUUUACGAUGGGAUGUACCACUCGUUGAUACAAGGGGAGACGGACGAGAACGCCAGCCUUGUGUUGAGGGAUAUGAAGGAGUGGAUCGAUGAGAGGGCUGAGAAGUACGGUCCAAAAAUUAUUAAUUUUUCUUCUUAGUUAUUUGUAUUAUAUAUUAAUUAUGUAUCAUGUAUACCCACCAAGAAAUUAAAAUGGGAAAUUAAAACUGAAAAGAAACACGCCCUAUAACUGAAAAGUUUGCGUGAUAUUGUUGUAUAUAUGUUGGGUGGUGUUUUGGUAG